AUGUUGACAUCUGCCGCUCGCUCUCGCGCAUUGGGAAACAACUUUCGAUCAACUCGCUUGUCAUCACUAACGACCCCCAUCAUGGCCUCGGCUAAGCGUAGUAACAGCUCUCUCCCUCCUGGCUAUUGGGAGGAUAGAUCCAAGGGUGUAAUGCUGCGCUUUCAGGACUCUUUGCCUCGGUUGCCCGUCCCCGCGCUCGAAGAGACAGCGAAACGAUACUUGAAAUCCCUCCACCCUCUUUUAUCUGCCACUGAGUAUUCGAAGAGUAAGGCUGCCGUAGAGGACUUCAUCAAGCCUGGCGGUCCCGGCAGUAGGCUCCAGGAGAAGCUCGUUAGGAAGCGCGAAGAUCCGGCGACUAAGAAUUGGAUUUACGAGUGGUGGAACGACGCUGCGUACCUAGCAUACCGCGAUCCUGUCGUGCCGUACGUCAGCUACUUCUACUCUCACCGUGAUGACCGCAUGCGCAGAGACCCAGCCAAGCGAGCGGCGGCUAUUACCUCCGCCGUCUUAGAGUUUAAGAAGCUUGUUGACAAUGGCUCUCUUGAACCGGAGUAUAUGAAGAAGCUCCCGAUUUGUAUGGACAGUUUCAAAUGGAUGUUCAAUGCCACACGCAUCGCUGCACGUCCUGCCGACUAUCCUGUCAAGUUCUCUCCCAGCGAAAACAAGCAUGUCAUAGCCAUUCGCAAGAAUCAAUUCUUCUUCAUCCCCCAUGAAAUUGCCGGCAAACAACUCAAUACUACGGAGUUGGAAAGUCAAUUCAAUAAAGUCUACCAGACGGCGCAGCGUGUCCCUGCUGUUGGCGCUUUGACGUCAGAGAAUCGGGACAUCUGGGCCGCUGCUCGCGAACUACUGGUGCACACUAGCGCCAAGAACAAAGAUGCUCUUCGUGCGAUUGACUCGGCCUCGUUCAUCGUUUGCCUCGAUGAUGCUUGUCCCGUUACCCUGGAAGAGCGAGCUCAUCAAUACUGGCAUGGGGAUGGAGCGAACCGCUGGUAUGACAAGCCUUUGCAGUUCAUCGUCAACGACAAUGGGACAUCGGGAUUCAUGGGUGAACAUUCAAUGAUGGAUGGCACGCCAACGCAUCGCCUCAAUGACUACAUAAACGAUCUCAUUUUCGGCAACAAGAUAGAUUUUUCAGACCCUUCUAUCCGAUCUGACCUUCCCGAACCCCAGCUGCUCCAGUUUGACAUUACUGCACCAAUCCAAGCUGAAAUUGAUCGUGCUGUCACUGAUUUCCACACCGUUAUCAACCAACAUCAACUAGCCGUACAAGCAUAUCAGGGAUAUGGUAAAGGUUUAAUCAAGAAGUUCAAAUGCUCCCCUGAUGCGUAUGUCCAGAUGAUUAUUCAACUGGCCUACUUCAAGAUGUAUGGCAAGAACCGUCCAACCUACGAAUCAGCAGCGACCCGUCGUUUCCAGCUUGGCCGAACAGAAACUUGUCGGACAGUUUCGGAUGAAUCCGUGGCGUGGUGCAGGUCAAUGUCUGACCCGUCACAGGAUGAUCAAGCACGGAUAAACUUGUUCCGUAGGGCUAUCGACGCUCAUAUUGAGUACAUCACGGCUGCAUCCGAAGGCAAAGGUGUCGACAGACAUUUGUUUGGUCUCAAGAAACUGUUGGCAUCAGAUGAGGAGAUUCCUGCCAUCUACAAAGACCCAGCCUUCAGCUACUCGAGUUCUUGGUACCUAUCAACAUCGCAACUCAGCUCGGAAUUCUUCAACGGUUACGGUUGGAGUCAAGUCAUUGACGAAGGUUUCGGCAUCGCCUAUAUGAUUAAUGAAAAUAGCAUUAAUUUCAAUGUCGUAUCGAAGCGCCUGGGAAGCGAUCGUAUGAGUCACUAUCUGAACGAAGCUGCAGGGGAAAUGCGUGACCUGUUGAUGCCAACAGUAGCCUCGCCGAAAGCAAAGUUGUAA